GGACCCUAUCAGAUUAAUAAUGUUCUCACAGAUACCGUAUGAUUUUAGCUUAUGGAGAAGUAAGUAGUGGGGGACGCCGUCAAACGCACCCUCAAUAUCAAGAAAGAUCCCUCUAGUAGAAAUAUUAUGGUCAAAAUUUGAAGUAAUCAUAUUUACAAUAGAUACAAGUUGUUUCUGAGUGUCAUGCCCAGGUAAAAACCCGGAUUGGUUACAAUUUAAGUGCUGCAAAUGAUACUACAGUUAUAAAUAUUAAUAAUCCCAAUGGGAAAUUACUUUCCAAGUGUAAUAAUUACCUAAUGUACAAAAACACAGCACUUAAUUAAAAAUCAAAAAUUUUACAUUUGAAAUUCCGUUACAGUAUUUUUCGCCUGAGGCACGUCAUGUUUCAACAAUUAGCAAUUUUAUGUAUUUUUUGUACACUGUAUUGCCCUAGGUACAUAUUGCGAUAUUUCAUGAACUAACUACACAAUCAAGUGGUUGAAUGGAACUAUCAGUGAAUCUUGAAAUCAUUAAAGGUGGCCAGGUAAUAUCAUAAAGCCAAAAAAUGGUCACACAACAAAGAAAAGCAACAACAAUGAAAAAGAAAUGGAAUUGGUAUAAAACCAUUUUGGCAUAUAGUUCUGGUGUUUUAUUGUUUAUUACAACAAUGAAUAUGAUUUGGACAUUUAACCACACAAUCGAAUGGAUAAUUUCAAAGCCACGGUCAUACACAAGACAUGUUCCAAUGGUAAUAGACAGAACACAUGAGAUAUCUACAAAUAAAGGAGCUGGUUGGAUGAAAUAUAAUUUCAAAAAGAUGGAAACUAAUUUUGUGAAAAUACCAGAAAGAGACUUGAUAGUCUGGUCGGCGUUUUACGACAAUCGCAGUGUUGGUGACGUAGCAUUUAAGUUUAACGACGGAUCGAAAGGUGCUCUUGUACAACCGUGGAACGUCAAACAUAGGCCAGUGGUUGUAUUGCUUGGUUUAUCAGAAAGAAAAUUGAGCUCAACGUACUGUCAUUUGUAUUUUUCAAAUACUUCAUUCAGAGAGGCAAGACUAAAAAGAAAGAGAACGACCAAGGUUGUGUCAAAGAUGAGAAUGUUGAAAUUCAGACCAUUUAAUAUUUGGAGAAAUAAUUUAUUCAUGUGCGAUGUGAAUCGCCAUUUUGUAGAAACAAGCAAUUUAGAACUUCCAGUGUUGGUUGGCCUGUCAGCUUCAAAUAUUAGCCUACCAGAGAAACUCAUUAAAGUUGAACCAUUUUCAGGUGCUAAACCUAGGCCUGAUAACUCAAUCGGAGUUUGUGUGAGUACAAUUUACGGCAACCUCUCCUCAGUUAAUUUCGCAGAGUUUGUAGAAUACUACAGAGGCAUGGGAAUAAACAAUUUCUACUUAUACGAGGCGCUCAAUAUAACUGAAGACUUAUCUAAGUUGCUAACGUGGUACGAAAAGAAGGGUGUUUUAAAGUAUAUACCAUGGAGAUUACCCUUUGGUGAUAACAGCUAUCCAGAAAGGGCUUCUCAGAAUUUUUUUGAUAACCAUGUUCACAAAGCCCAGAAUAUGGAUUGUAUAUACAGGAACUAUGGCCGUCAUAAAUGGAUGUUGCACGUCGAUGUUGACGAGUUUAUCGUCCCAAAACUCGAUAUGACAAUAGAUCAAAUGAUAACCCGAGUAUCAAAACAAGAAAAUUAUCCUCAAAAGGUGUCAAGUCUAAGAUUUCUUCAUGUUCAAUUCUGCAUCGAUCAACCACCUAACAAUAAAACAAACAUUGACAAAAAUGCAGAAUUUGACUUACUGUUUGAUCGGUAUCAAAUAAGUUCAAAACCGUGGCCGAUUACGGCAGGGGGAGCUCGUACAAAGUUUUUGAGCAAUCCUGCCGGGGUUGAAUAUGUGGGAUCCCAUGAAGCAAGCCUCAGAUUGAAGGACUUCAAGGAGGUUAACAUCGACCCAAGCAUAGCUACCAUGCAUCAUUAUAGAAAGCCUUUACUUGAUAAGAAACUUCCAUGUGACCAGACUAAUACGCAUGCGCUGAAAUACGUCAAAGAACUUCGACGUGGUGUAAAAUUUGUGUUAGAAAGUUCGAACAAGUAGUGAGUUAGCUAAACAUCAACUAAGCUAAUAGAUACCACGUUCUGUUUUUUCUAUUUCAUCAUCAGAAGUUAUGACAUAUUGUUAAAGGUUGGCGAUCGUCGUCUCUAAUAAAUAAUAGUGGAAAGAGUUUGCAUUGCCCUGUUUUACUUGUAGUAAUGUCACUAUUUCAUUUUCCAUUUAAAUAAUAACUUACAAUGACGUAUACAUCAAACCAGCCAACAGAGAUAAGAAAAAGGUCAGAUGGGACGGGAAUAAGCUAUACAUAGACGGUGCACAAAUCGAUUUAUUGGGCCUGGAGCAAGAGUAACACGACACAAUAUCACAAAACAUUGAAUAAACCGCUAUAAAUAUGGCUUAAUUUAAGUGUUCUUUUGUAUUGUAUUGUAUUGUAUCCUUUAUUACCACAAGUGUAUAUUGUGAGUACAUUUACAAUUUUUGUUUUGCAUUAACAUAUUUACAUAAAAUCACAUUUGCAUAAGCAUAUUACGCUUUGCAUACAUUAGGAAUACAGUUUUGGCUUUUAAAAUCAUUGCUUCAUCAUUGUCUGAUUUGAAAGUUUGAAAUAUAAUGUCAUCAUUACCAAUUCUAAAUAAAUUGAGAAGUGCAACUCUUUCCACAUCUAUGGAAUUGCAGAAACGUAAAAAGUGAUCCAAUGUUUCUGUUUCGCCAGUAUCACAUAUAUUACAUUUUCUGUCACCCCAUUUUUUAUUUCCAUUAAGUGUUUGAUUCAUAAGCAGCUUGACCAUUAAUUUGCAAUAUUUUAAAUCACUAGGGUAUUUGAAACUGAGUGCCCACCAUUUAAGUAGCUGGGCAAAGCAUUUACACUUACAUACAAAUGUGUUGCACUUUCUAUAGCACAAUUAAUCAUAAACGUUGCAUUUUGGCUUUGGCGUAGCCUACCUAAAACUAAUUUUCCCCAUAUUUCCUUUGUUGGGUAGACACCUGUGUUUAUCAUAUUAGUUGCAGCAUCUAAAAGAUUAAAUCUGCUUAAAACAUUCCAUAUUGUAUUAAGUGGUGACGCAGCACCACCGUGACCAUUAUAUUGGAAUUCCGUAGCUCGAUAAAGAAAGACCUGCUUAUAAUUAUUUCUUACCGGUAGUGUUAUCAACAUAAUGAAGAACAUUAAUUUAUCUAAGGCGAUUUUAUACUCGAUGUCCAUCCAGCCCAGUGGAUCAGUUGAAAAUACAUUAUCAGCAAAAGGAAGACAUUGAAUGCGUUUUCCAAUCUGCCUAUGGGCUGUUUGGAUUAAUUCAACAUCAUUAUUCGGAUAAGAAAUGAUUGAACUACCGUAUAGCAUUGUAGGAAUAGACAGCGUCCAAUAAAGGCAUGAUGCCGUUAGAGGAUUGAGUCCACCACAAGUACUCCCUAGACCAAGUAGAGAGAAACAUUUCCUUUUACCAGACGUAACCGCCUUCUCAACAUAUUCGGAAACGCUUCCACUAGUUGAUAAGGGUAUACCUACAUGGGUUUGAUUUUGCACAAUAGUCACCUGCUUGUCGCCAAUUUUAAACAUAGGUUGUACAGCGUGGUCAUUAUUUCCAAAAGUCAUCACAUUACAUUUAUCAGGAUCGGCUAUCAUACCGCCACUGAGGCUGUGAUUGUAUGCCAAAUUUAGCAGUGCAUUCAUAGAUGUCGUGCUUGUAGUAAUUAUUGAUGUAUCAUCGGCAUAAACUGGACAUGUGAUAUCCAACCCACCAACUAAUGCACCCAACUUUAACGAUUGCAAUUCUAGGAUUAAGUCAGCAUUAUAUAAUUGGUACAUUAACAUAGAAUAGACCCCGCCCUGAUGAACUCCUUGAAGUACAUAGAAAGGAGCAGAGAGUGUAUCCACACGUACCAUGCACUUGUAUAAUGUCGCGCAAAGAGAUACAGAAUGUCAAAUAUAUAUCUAUGUUACGCUCAUCUUUGAUACAAAAAACAAUCAUAAAACGAUAAAAAACAAGAUAUGCUAUCCUUGACGGGACGUUCUAAAUUCAAAUCUUGUGUAAAAUGAUACAAUAACUUUGAAAAUUUCACAUUUUUGACCUCAAUAAAAGACAUACAUGGUUCAUAAAACUCAUAAACUAAGAACAGUGUAAUGUUGUGCUGCAGUGUGAUAAAAUUACUAAAAAUGUCAACUUCAUUAAAAAAUAUUUAACCUCUUUGUUACACAAACAUAUGAGCCAUAUUAUACUUGGUUAAAAAUCAUUUUGGUAAUUGGUAAAAAAUACAAUGCCAUCCUCAAUAGCUUAAAUCGGAUGCACUAUUUUCCAAUGCAAUGCCAUCCUCAAGGGCUUAAAAUCAGAUUCAUUUUUUCCAAUGCAAUGCCAUCCUCAAUGGCCUAAUAUAAGAUUCAUUAUUUCCAAUGCAAUGCUCUCCUCGAUGGCUUAAUAUAUCAGAUUCAUUAUUUUUCAAUACAAUGCUAACCUCAAUGGCUUACGCUUAAAUGAGAUUCAAAUGAGAUGCAUUGGCACACCCAGGGGCUUUUAUGAGAUUCCUAUGCAAUGCCGCCAUCAGAGGUUUAAUCACCAUCAGAUUCAUGAGUUUCCAAUUGCAAUAUCGUCCUCAAUGGCUAACGUCAGAUUCAUCAGUUUCCGAUUCUAGUUUUUCAUCUGGCACUUUUGAUUCAAGAUAUUAUUUCGGCAUCGUAUUGAUUAUGUCAACAAGACUAGACAUUCUCAAUGGAGUCCUUGGUUUCUUUUUUCGUAUACACCUUGUAAUCUCAUCUUUGAUGCGCUCCUCACAGAGCAGUGUAUUGAAUUCGACUAGUUUAGUGAGUCUAUCAAAUUUCUCACUGGAAUACUCAAAAUUGAAUGUAUCAUAGGGUCUGCCAUUUGGCCCAUCAAACAGACUGAAAUCCGCAAAUUUCAAUUCUUCGUCAGUUUCCCUCGGUACUCCU